CGCCGCGGCCCCGGCAGCGCCCGGGCGGGCUCGCCCGGCAGCGAGGAGGAGGCCGGCAGCGAGGUGCUGAGCCACUGCAGCAGCGCCAGCGAGGGCGCCAGCCCCGCCGAGGAGGGACCAGGGAGCGAGGCGGCGAGUGAGCAAGGCCAGGAGGAGGAGGCAGAGGACCGGCUGAAGGAGCACAUGGAUAGCCUCCUGGACAAGAGCGCCAAGACGCGUCAGGCGGCACUGCAGAGCCUGCGCCUGGCCUUGUCCUCCAAAACCCUGUCCGAGUUCUUGCUGGAGCGCCGCCUCACGCUCUCCGACUCCCUGGAGAAGUGUCUCAAGAAAGGUAAAGGGGAGGAACAGGCGCUAGCGGGUACCGUCCUCACCCUCCUCUGCCUCCAGAUGGGCUCCGGCCCGGAGGGAGAAGAGGUGUUCCGCAGCCUGAAGCCCCUGCUCGUCAGCGUCCUGACAGACAGCACGGCCAGCCCCAGCGCCCGGCAGAGCUGUGCCACGGCUCUGGGCAUGUGCUGCUACAUUGCUGCUGCUGACCUCGAGGAUCUGAUUUCAUGCCUGUUCUGCUUGGAGGGCAUCUUCAGCCCCCCCAGCACAGGUGAGGCGGGCUCAGCACCUGCCCAGCAUGGGCCUCUGCACUGCAGUGCACUCCAGUCGUGGUCCCUGCUCCUGACCAUCUGCCCCCCCUCCCACCUCAGGAGCAUUUUGGACAAUCGCUGGCUGCAGCUGCCCCCACUGCUGUCCAGCAGCAGCGUCGCCCUGCGCAUCCUGGCCGGGGAAACCAUUGCACUGGUGUUCGAGCUGGCCCAGGACCUGGAGGAGGACUUGUGCCACCAAGAUACAGAGCUCUUGUGUGCCCAGCUCAAGGUCCUGGCUACUGAGAGCAACAAGUACCGAGCCAAGACAGACCGACGGAAGCAGCGAUCCAUCUUCCGGGACAUCCUGCGUUUCAUUGAGAGCGGGGAGUACCAGGAGGAGACCAUCCGAUUUGGCCUGGAGUGCAUGUACCUGGACAGCUGGGCACGCCAGCGGACCUACCAAGCCUUUAAAGAGGUGCUGGGCUCUGGCAUCCGCCACCACCUCCAGAACAAUGAGCUGCUACGGGAGAUCUUCAGCCUUGGGCCCCCCUUGGUGCUGGAUGCGGCUGCUCUGAAAGCCAGCAAGGUCUCCCGCUUUGAGAAGCACCUCUACAACUUGGCUGCCUUCAAAGCCCGCACGAAAGCCCGGAGCCGUGUGCGGGACAAGCGGGCGGAUGUGCUGUGAUGGGCUGAGGGGGGCAGAGCCCCCAGCCCACCUGGACUGCAGACCCAGCACUGUGAGGGGCAGGUGCCCCUGGCCCUUGGGCUUUUAUUCAUGUACAGCAGAGUAUUUAAUGCCUGGAGCUGCCCCACCGGGGGCUGCCCCCUCUUUUAUUUUUUUAACCAAAGAAAGGAAGGAUAAAAGAAGAGCAGGGGGAGGUGGUGGCAUGUCUGCUGUGUGCCUGCUCUGCGGCUGAGACUCCGUGUGGCACAGUGGGAAGAGCUUUCACCAGAGCUCCUGCAGCACUUUUUAGAGGCAGGGCUCAUGUCCCCCCACCUCCAGUCCUUGGGGACACCAGGGUGGCCUGGCACAGCCUGAGGGGUGAUUGAGAGGGCAGAGCUCUCAGUGCGGGGCUGUGGGGCAGCUGGCCUGGUGUCUGUGCCUGUGGCAGGAGCACUCGCUUUCACCUGCUGCACUGGUGAAAAGCCCCUGCCUCCACAGCCAGUCUGGCACCAGGGGUGGUGGCAGAGCAGAGUAGGGUGGCAGGCCCUGCCCAGCCCUGCCAGCUGCUCACUCUCAGCCCUUUUUUCAGCCAAAUGCUUUAUAUGAAAUAGUAAUCUUGUGGGAAAUUAAUUACGGGGGGGCAACUGCCCAGGCGGGCAUGGGGUUGUGCCAGCUGGCAGUGCCUGCCACUCCGGGAAUGUAUCUAUCGUGGUGAUUUUCUAAGACUUUGAUUGUAAGAGGUAAUUAAAAGGCUAAUUGGAGAGUG